AUACACUGCAAACCACUGCAGGAUGUUAGUUGAGCUGCAUUCUCAUUUGGGGCGAAGACAAAUCCAGUAGGGGGACAUUAAACUUGGCUGGAGAGAAAGGCGAAUGCAUUUUACUCGAGCAUCUCGGGAGGAGGAUCUUAGUAGAAGAUAAGGAUUAGACCGCAAUGUAAUGGGUAUUCAUUGAUGGGAUACAACUUCCAAGAAGCGCUGAAAGUUGGAGCCUCAUGUUGUCGCUAAGCAGUCUACUUUGGAUGUGUGGUUUGAAGUGUUUUUCUUCUUUUUCUUGGAGGGGAGAAUGGGAUUAAGUGAGGGCGCCAAAUUGCUCACUCGUCUGAAAGUGGUAUGAACUUUUCCCCUUUCUGCCUUCAAAUUCAUACAGACUUGCAAGUCUGUAGCGGAAAAUCUGUCUGAAUUGUCUCCGAAAGCCUUCAAAUUUAAGUCACCUGGUAAUAACCGAGAAGAAACAUAUUUUUAAAAAAAGGGAAAGCCAGAGGGAUUAGAAACUUAGGAGGAUAAGGAUAAGACUUCCAGAAAGAUGACCUCCAGACUGUAUCCAGGCCCUCUGCUGCUGCUGCUGCUCUGUCUGCUUCACGGCUCUGAGGGAAUAUGUCCGCCCAUGUGCAUCUGUGUAUCUGACACAGCGGGCUGCAGCUCCUGUGGUCUGACCAAGCUACCCCAGUCCCUGCCGACCUUCUCCGUCAUCCUCGACCUCAGCCACAACUAUCUGUCCUGGCUGCGUGUGGGCAGUUUCAAAAAGAUGCCCAGAUUGGAAAAACUCCUAUUGACCCACAAUGAGCUUGUCUCCCUAGAAGAGGGUGUGUUUACAAAUGUCUCCAGCCUCAGGUACCUUGACCUGUCCUCCAACAAGCUGCAUGUGGUGGAGCAACACUACUUCCAGGGGCUGUGGAAGCUUGAGGAGCUCAUUCUCUUCAAUAAUAAGAUCACACAGUUGGAGGUUGGGAUGUUGAACGGCCUGAGCAGUUUAAAAAAGGCCUACUUCAGCCUGAACCAGAUCACAUACUUCCCUUUCUUCUCCAUCACAGACCAUAGUCACCCUUUCCUGACAAUGCUGGAUCUCUCAUCCAACCGUUUGAGUCGUCUGCCAUGGGUUGAUGUGAAAGCUUUGCCCAUGCUGGUGCAGCGGGGGCUGUAUCUCCACAACAACUCUCUGAUCUGUGACUGCACCAUGUACAGCGUUUUCUGGCAUUGGGAUCUGAGGGGCUUUGAAACGCUGAGGGACUUUACGGAGGAGCACAUUUGCACCAUCUAUGGGAACACACGAUCGUUCGUGCGGUUCCUGCGACAAUCCCGCUUCUUCCGCAACUGCACUGUGGAAAAACCCAUGUCACUGCCAGUGACUGUGUUCCUGUCUAAGCUGACGGUAACAGAGGGAGAAAUGGUGCGUCUAGACUGCGAAACAUCCCUGAGUGGCACAGACCUUUCAUUUACAUGGCUAACCCCCAGCAAGGGGUACAUAACCCAGACGAGCAUAAAUGACACUCUAGUUAGCUUGUUUCCCAACGGUACCUUGGAUAUUCAAGCAACCAAGGUCAAUGACACGGGUUUGUACGUGUGCUCAGCUCAGGAUAUGAAACGUGCACUGAAUGCGACCCGGGAGGUGAAUGUUACGGUAGUGUUACCACAAACCGAAUCAUUCAACACAGGCUACACAACCUUGCUAGCCUGUAUGGUGUCCAUGUUGUGCAUCUUCAUGUACCUCUACCUGACUCCGUGUCGCUGCAGCUGCUGCACACAGCCGGGACCUCAUUCUGUUUUCUCCAGCACCAGAAGGAGCCAUCGUAGAUCCCAAAGCAGCAAGCGUGUAGCAUUCAUGGAGCCAAUGUUAAGUGAAGAAAGAAUAGAAUGGCCACCUAAAAGUUAAUGGUGAACACGGUUUAGUUUUCCUUUUACGAGCUGGAAACAAAAGACCCUGUGGACAAAUGAAAACUGAGACUCAGGAAUUAGCGCAGAGGUGUAAUAGAAAUGUGCUAAGGCUGUAAAAGGGAACAAAAAAAUAACAUUGUUUUGCUGAUUGCAGGCUUCAGUUAAAAGGCCUCCUGGACAAAAAAGCAACAUCUACCAUUGUUCCAUUUCUGUCAUUUAGACAGUCCAGAAAAAGUUUCAAGUUCGGUUUAUUACCCUCAGUGUAAUGAUAUUGCUAAAUCACUGUGGAGCCGUUGUCAGACCUAAAAAUCCGCUAAUAACUUCUCUGUGUACUAGGGUACGGCACUAGGGGGAAAUAUUUGUUUUGGGAUCAGAGAGUGAAUCUGGCUCACUUUUCACAGAAAGUAUUUAACGAGGAUUAAAUGCGACUGAAAAACGCUGCAAGUUCAUGACUGUGACGGACUGCGGGAAGCAAGUUCAGCCUGUGUAUCUGGAUUGAGUUGAAGUGCUCCAUAAUUAGUGUGGCAGGGCAGAGAUAGGCACUUGCACACCACCAGCUGAAGAUAAAUGUAAUAUACAGCAAUACUCCUAAACCUAAAACUCUUUCCAACUCGUGGAAACUCCCUGACUUCCUAAUAAAAGAUUUGUUCCUUUCAGGUCAGUUGCCUGCUCUGGUGAUAUCGUUUUUUAUAGGCAAUUUCAGAAAUAAAAAAGAACGGAAUUAAGAUACAGCUUGAAAAGGAAUAAACAUCUCUGUGCAGACGCUACAGCGUUCAACAAACAUUUGAACAUCUUAUCUAGCAGAAAACAGAGGUGCAUCCUGCAGUGAUCCAUCAUACAUAUACAUUUCGCAUAUGCACCUGUUGAAUUAAGCUGGCAGACAAAAACGAUGACUCUCUAUCAGCGCUCUGCUUAUCUGGCAAAUACGUAAGUACAGGAAUCAGGAGU